AUGGCGGGAAACCUUCAAGAGAUCAACCCAGCAUCUACUGCAGUGGCCAAGGAUGAUCUGGUGAUCCCUCUCAUCGAUUUCGGGCCCUUCUACACCGGAACCCCGUCCGACAAGCACGCCGUCGCCUUAUCUAUCACAAAUGCAUUCAAGACCUCCGGCUUCGUAUACCUGAAGGAUCAUGGCAUCCCACCCUCCGUGGUAUCCCGAGUCUUCGCCUCAUCUGCUGGCUUCUUCCGUAGACCCCAGAGCCAAAAGGACGGUCUAGGCUGGACUACCCCACAAUCGAACCGUGGUUAUGUCGCGAUCGGGCGCGAGAAGCUAGCUACCCUCGAAGAAACGGGGGAGAUGGAUGUACUGCGCGGAUCGGCGCCUGAUAUCAAGGAGACGAUGGAGAUAGGUCGAGAGGGAGUGGAAGGCUUGCCAAAUCAGUGGCCUGAUCAUCUUGAUGACGAAGGGAAGGAUUUCAAGGAGACGAUGCUAUCGUUCUUUGGUAUGUGCAAGGAUCUGCACAAGCAGGUUAUGAGUGCGAUUGCCCUGGGCAUGAAUCUGCCAGAGCACUUUUUCGAUGAUUUUGUUAACGACGGAGAUAACAAUCUUCGUCUGUUGCAUUAUCCUCCGGUUCGCAAGGAUGUUUUCAAGCAGAAUCCGAAUCAGGUUCGGGCCGGCGAACAUAGCGAUUAUGGCUCGAUUACACUGCUUUUUCAAGAUCGACAUGGCGGUCUGCAGGUGCGAAGUCCCAAGGGGACGUUCGUUGAUGCGACUCCCAUCCCCGAUACUAUCGUCGUCAACGCUGGAGAUCUCCUAGCUCGGUGGUCUAAUGAUUUCAUCAAAAGUACCCGCCAUCGGGUUAUUGAGCCACCUAAGCCGGAGGGAGAAUACCAGGAUGAUACAUCUGAUUCCUAUCCUGCUCGAUACAGCAUUGCUUACUUCUGUAAUCCGAACAAUAACAAAUUGAUCGAGGCGCUACCGGGCACGUAUGGGGAGGAGAUCAAUGUGACCAAGAAAUAUGCCGAUAUCACGGCAGGCGACUACCUGGUCCAGCGACUGACUGCCACCUACUGA